AUGACUGCGUAUAAGACACCCAUAGGGACUUCUCCCUAUCACAUAGUUUUUGGGAAAUCAUGUCAUCUUCCGGCGGAAUUAGAACACCAAGCUUAUUGGGUAAUUAAGAGGUUAAACUUGGACCCCGAGCUGGCCGGUAGAAAGAGAGUGAAUCAACUAUAUGAGCUUGAGGAGUUUAGGCUCCAUGCGUAUGAGCAUGCCAAGAUUUACAAAGAAAAGAUGAAGAGGUGGCAUGACAAGCACAUAGUUACUCGUACUUUCACUCCAGGAGAAAAUGUACUACUCUUUAACUCUAGAUUGAGGUUAUUCCCCAGAAAACUAAGGUCUAAAUGGAUUGCUUCUUUCGAAGUGGUAAGAAUGACACAACAGGGGGCUGUUGAACUUAAAGGUGAGUCUGGACCUACGUUCUUGUUAAAUAGGCAAUGGGUGAAACACUACUUUGGUGUGGAUUUGGAUUGUGAUCGGGAGGCUCUGGAGCUAAAUGAUGAAUGA